AUGGCUCCACUCUGGAUUCUUGUUUCAUCUCUCAACAUAAUAUUUCCAGCCCAAGCUGAGGAUUGUACCCAUCCAUCAUUUGUCUCUGUGAAGCCUGGAGAACGUGUUACUCUAAACUGCACAUUUCACGAUAAAUACAGUAAAGAACUUAUAGUUUGGUACAAGCAGCAAUUUGGAGAUAUGCCUCGGGAAGUGAGAAAAAUGAGAGUGUAUAUAAACACCGAGCCUGGGAUCAGCUCAGGAUUUAAAGUAGAGGAGAUUAUGAAUGGCAUUUCUUUAACAAUUCUGCAAACAAAAAAAACUGAUGAAGGAUUGUAUUUCUGUGGAAUAUAUACCUGGGGCAAAUUUACAUUUUCCAAUGGAACAUUCAUAGCUGUGACAGGUAAUGGAGACGUAAAAGUGUCAGUGUUCCAGAGUGGCGUGUCGGACUCGGUUCCUGCAGGAGCGUCAGUGACUCUGCAGUGCUCGGUUCUCUCUGAGAGCAGAUCAGCAGAACUCCAAGUGCUCUGGUUCAGAGCUGCUCCACCACAAUCCCAUCCUCAAAUCAUUUACACUCAUCACAACAGCAGCCAUCAGUGUGAGAGCGGCUCUUCUACACACACCUGUGUGUACAACUUCUCCAAGAACAUCCUCAGCCUCAAUGAUACUGGAACUUACUACUGCGCUGUGGCCGUGUGUGGGAAGAUCAUUUUUGGGAAUGGGACACGAGUACAACUGGAUGCGAACAAAUUCAAUAACCAGUGUUUCAGUAGGUAUUUAAUUGUAGUUUGUAUCUGUUUACUUGGCUUUAGUUGUAAAUAUUUAGAAUAUUACCAUGAUUCUUCAGUGUGCACUUAUUCAUUAUUAUGAUACAUUUAUAUAUUUUUCUACAGAGGGAUCUGAUUCUGUAGUGAUCUCCCUUGCUGUAGCGU